AUGAGUUCCUUACUCUACGAUGUUCGAAAGAUCCCCGGAAAAGGCAGAGGCCUGGUCGCUCGCUCCGACAUUCCUGAAGGCACCCGUAUCCUCUCCGAGAAACCGCUGCUCAUGAUACCUAACAACAUGUCCAACGAGCAACUGGAGGCUCGACUCGCACGAGAUCUAAAGGCCCUGGACAAGACUCAGCAGCGACAGUUCUUUUCUCUCCACAACAGCUACACUGGAAAGUACGUCCUCGGUGGUAUCUUCAAAACAAACUCGAUGGCUUGCGGCAGCAACUUGUCUGCUAUUGCAAUCUUUCCUACCAUCAGCUUCAUCAAUCACAGCUGCCUUCCCAAUAGUCAUUACAACUGGAAUGACUCCAUGGGGAUGCAGACGAUCCAUGUCACUCGCGAUCUUAGCGCUGGAGAAGAGAUAAGUAUCUGCUACACCGACUCUGGAAGUGCCAGUGUUCGCCAGGCUUACCUGAAGAAGCAUUUCGGGUUCGACUGUUCGUGUGCAAUCUGCUCGCUCUCAGCUACUCAUCGGAAUGCCAGCGACGCGCGUCGUGAGGAGAUCUCUCGGCUUCAGGACACAUUUGAGUCAACAGAUCGUGCCAGCUUCAAGCCUGAAGAGGCAUUCUUCGACCUUCGGAAGAUAGUCGAACUCUUGAACAAGGAGUUUAAAGGUGCUGCCAAAGUCCCGGAGGCGGAUAUCUACUGUUAUGCGGUACAGCUUAGUCUCUUCCAUAGUGAUAAGGCGCGAGCAAGCGUAUUCGCUGAGAGGGCGUAUAAGGCGUUGCUCAUCUGUGUGGGCGAAGAUGGGGAGAAUGCACAAGAGAUGAAGGACCUGAUAGACAACCCAGCCUCUCACGCAGACUUUGGGUCGUUGUCGAGCAGGUGGAGGUCUAACAGGGCUGAUGCUCCAAGAGGUAGAGACUUUGGCAAGAAUCACUUCGAGGAUUGGCUUUGGCAUUCCGUGGAGAGGGUGGAGACGGCGGACCUUAGCGAUGAUUAG